CCUCCGCAUCGUUCAGCCCCGUCAGUCUAGCCAACAUGAAUGCCGCAGCAUCCAACCUCGUCGUCUCUCUGGUCGCAAUGCAAGUCGCGCGAAAGAUCGACUUCAAUGACCCACAGGUCCUCACGUGGGUCCGCAUUGCGUAUGUCACCGUGCAGGUGGUCAUUCUCGGGGCGUACUACUUCGUGUCCAUGAAGAUCAAGCAGAAGAAUGACCAGACCGUUCUCAAGUACGUUGAGCCUGCAAGUCCAAUGUCGAAAGACGAGGGGCAGCUCGUAACAACGACUGUACGGGACUAUGACCUCGGGGAGACGUCCAAGCUCAUCCGCUCGCAAUUGAUGGGCCUUGCGAUGAUGGGGUUCAUGCACGGCUACCUCAAGUAUACUCAGCCCUUGUUUGUUCAGGCGCUCAUGGGCUUUAAGGGCUUGUACGACGCGAAGCCCGUUGCCAUCCAUAUUCUGGGUAAGCCUGCAGAGGGCGACCUCAAGCGGCCGUUCAAGGCCGGUGGGCUCAUGGGUGCCGCUGCGGGACCCCAGACGGAUAAGGCUGCGAUUGACCAGGCGGAAAAACAUGCUGCAAAGAAGGAGGAGUAGACUAGCAUUAUUUGUCCUUGUCUUGUCUAUCUCAUGGAUUCGGGCCAGCUGUACUACACAGAGACCCCUCAUGGCAUCCUUGGGGAGGUGGUACUCUUGAUGAUAGUAUGGUGGUAAAAUCAGAUGCUAUCGUCGUUUGUAUGCGACCAAUUGACGGUAAGACACUCUGGGAUAAGGCUGGACUGAUACUACUAUGGACUGCAAAGGGCCAUGCCUUCAUACAAC